AUGGGGGAUAUUUCAAAUCACAUGGAUAAGAAGCGUUCAUUAUCUAAUAAACCUGUCAUGGCUGUGGGUGCAGAAGCAACUGUUGUCUUAGGAUCUUCAUCUCUCACUAAACUUUUUCCUACAUCAACCUUCAUGAAGGUUAUAACGUUUAAAGCUCCUGUUUCGCUUAAGCUUUUUCUUACCCAAACCCAGAAGGCAAUGGUGAUAGCUUUAGGCAAGACUCAAGUUUUUGCCCGGGGACUAGCAACUUCUGGGUCAAAUACAUCUAUCUUAAAGGCAGUAACUUCUGCUGAGAAAAUUCAGCAUGCAACACAGACGGUGGUCUUUUCGCAGCUUGAAAUUAAUGGGAAAAAUCAAGGGGUUCAUGCAUUCAUUUGCCAGAUCAGGGAUGUAGAUGAUAAAAUUUGUCCUAAUAUCCUGAUAGCUGAUUGUGGUCAUAAAAUUGGGUUCGAUAAUGUCCGAAUCCCCAAGGAGAAUUUGUUGAAUUCAAUUGUUGAUGUUUCACGUGAUGGAGAAUAUCUUAGUGCAAUCAAAGACCCAGAUCAGAUUGGCUUAUCAAUAGCUAUAAGGUAUGCAUUAUCAAGGCGGGCAUUCUCUAUUACACCAAAUGGACCUGAAAUCUUGUUGCUCGAUUAUCCAAUUCAUCAACAGCGACUAUUGCCUCUCCUUGCAAAGACAUAUACUAUGAGUUCUGCUGCAAACUACAUGAAGAUGUUAUAUGUGAAUAGGACACCUCAGUCAAACAAAACCAUUCAUGUUAUUUUAAGUGCAUUCAAGGCUACUUUUAUCUGGCACAAUCAGCGAACACUACAGGAAUGUCGUGGAGCAUGUGGAGGACAAGGCCUGAAGACUGAAAAUCAUGUUUGUCAUUUGAAAAGUGAAUUUGAUGUGCAAUCUACUUUUGAAGGGGACAACAAUGUCCUGAUGCAGCAGGUUAAUGUCUAUGGUCAUCUCUCUCAUAAAUUAUGA